AACCCGCUCAAGGUCUCGGCGCGCGAGUGGCGCGACCGCACGGAGCUCGCGGCGGUCUACCGCGCGCUGCACCUCUACGGCAUGGGCGACGACCUCGCGGCGCAGUGCGUCAUGAUGCGGACGACGGAGACGCGCGACGAGUUCCUCAUGCACGAGUGGGGCGUCUUCUUCGAGGAGGUGACGGCGUCGAACCUGCUCAAGUACGACUUCGACGGGCAUCUCGUCGAGCCCGACGGGUCGCGCGCGCCCGCGCUGCCGGACGUCUCGAACAUGGGCUGCCUGCCCGUGGCUGCCGCCAUCUUCAAGGCGCGGCCCGACGCGGCCAUGGUCGUCCACAUCCACCCGCCGGCCGUCAUGGCGGUGGCGGGCAUGGAGGCGGGGCUCCUGCCGGUGUCGCAGGCGGCCUUCUUCCUCCACGGCCAGGUGUCCCGCGAGGGCUACGACUUCACCUACGAGACGUCCUUCGAGGACAACCUGGCCGCGGGCUUCGCCGACGGCAAGCGCGCGAUGCUCCUCAACCACCACGGCAUGUACGCGAUCGGCGCGUCCCCAGCGGAGGCGUUCUUCGUCGCCUACCACCUCAACCAGGCCUGCGAGGUCCAGGUCCGCACGCUGGGCAUGAACGGCGGC